AUGAACGGUCACUUUUCUUCUGUUGGCGACAAGCCGACAGAAGCUCAAUACGAGCAUGGUAUCCAAGUUAUUGACGAGGACAAGGAGUUCAAUGAGAAUAUUAAUGCCUACUUACAGGCAACCGAUGUGGCCGAUGCUGGUUUCAACUAUCAUCUGAUAUCCGUCUUCGGAUCUCAGUCCACCGGUAAAUCGACCUUGCUCAACUACCUCUUCGGUACGGAGUUCAAUGUAAUGUCCGAGGUGGAACGACGUCAGACUACCAAGGGAAUAUGGAUGUCGAAAAACAAAAGAGGGUCUAUGGCCGACAAUAUCCUCGUUAUGGACGUAGAGGGUACUGACGGUCGAGAAAGGGGCGAGGACCAAGAUUUCGAAAGGAAGAGUGCACUAUUUGCGCUUGCAACUAGCGAAGUGCUUAUCGUUAACAUAUGGGAGCACCAGGUUGGCUUAUACCAAGGUGCUAACAUGGGAUUAUUGAAAACUGUUUUCGAAGUCAAUCUCCAACUAUUCUUGAAGGACAAAGAAUCUACCCCCAGGUCUCUUCUGUUCUUCGUCAUCCGUGAUCAUAUUGGCCACACUCCCCUAUCAAACCUUCGAAAUACCUUAAUCCAAGAUCUUACCAAGAUUUGGUCAUCUAUUUCGAAACCGGCGGGUCUUGAGAGCUCGCGGAUAGAAGACUAUUUCGACUUCGCUUUCGCUGCGCUACCUCAUAAAAUCUUGCAGCCAGAUAAGUUCGAAGCCGAAGUAAAGAACCUGGGAGGCAGGUUUGUCACUGGCACCCGACAUUCAAAGAACCAGCUUGAGCACGGCGAACAGGAGCUCGAGGGUGGCGUCUUUUUACCUGAGUACCAUCGAAGAAUCCCGGCCGAUGGAUUCUCCCAUUAUGCCAAUGGCAUUUGGGAUCAGAUUGUUCAUAAUAAGGAUCUCGACCUGCCCACGCAACAAGAGCUCCUUGCUCAGUUCCGUUGCGACGAGAUUUCGCGAGAAGUCCUUAAAGCCUUCGAUGAGGCCAUCGCUCCAUUAGAAGAGCAACAGACGGAAUCCGCUCGUGCUGGAAAGCCGAUCGUUCUACCAGACCUUGGCAAGAUUGGCAGUUCGACUAGGGAGAAAUGCGUCAAGUCUUUCGAGACACAGGCUAGUCGAUAUCACAAAAAGGUCUAUUCGGAUAAACGAGCUGAUUUGGAGGAGAAAAUCGAUCAGCGCCUCAAGACGCUCUACCACGGCCAGUUAUCUGCUGCCCACAAGGCUUGCGUUACCAGCUUUAGUGAUGCUGUAUCCGGCGCUGUUAAACAAGGUCAGAAGUCUGGAGGCGCCUACGAAUUUGCCGAGAUCGUGGAUGCGGAGAAGACUAAGACUUUGGAGACAUUUAGGAAUGAGGCACAAAGUUUGUUUAUCCCUGAUGUGGCGUGGACCAACUUCAAGCCUCAGUAUGUCCUCUUUGAAAAAGAGCUUGACGAAGUUAGUGCCCGCUUGCGGCAAGAUGAAAUGCGAAGAUUAGCGACCCGUAUUGAACGCUGGGUUAAAUCCCGUCUCAAUGAUUCGGUCGGUCUUGAAUUCAACAAACUUGGAUCGGGGAGAGGAGGAUCUGGAGCUCCUGAAAAUGGCGAGAAGCCGCCCACUGAGAAAGACCUAUGGGACCGUAUCUGGAACCUUUUCACUUCCGUUGUUAAGGAAGCUGAGGGCCGCUUCACAGACAGGGCCAAGAGUUUUGAGGCGAGCGAGGAUGAGGUUGAAGUUGGUUUAUGGCGUCUUCGACGAAAGAGCUGGGUCGCCCUUCGAGAGAAGAUCGAGGAAGAAGUUAUGGAAGGAAACAUUCUGCUGAAGCUUCGAGAAAACUUCGAGGAUAAAUUCCGAUACGACGAAGCAGGUGUCCCACGCAUAUGGCGACCAGCUGAUGAUAUUGAGGGCAUCUACACUCGUGCUCGAGAAUCGACACUUACCCUUAUCCCGCUAUUGGCAAAGUUCAAGCUAUCUACAACAUUGGCGCCUCCAGAUCUCCCAGAGUUCAUUGGCCACCAACCUGCCACAGCGCAGCCUGAAGAUGAGGAUGACUUAACACCUAUUGGUGGUGUUGAUGAGGAUGAGGGAAAGAGCCUCGAGGAAGAAAUGACCGUUUUGAGCGAAGGCAAACGUCAAGACCUGGUGGUCAGGUUCAAGAAGACGGCUGAUGGAGUGUAUGUGGAAGCCAAGCGAAGUGCUAUUGGUGGGAUCACACAGGUUCCCUUAUAUUUCUAUGGGCUGUUAUUGGCUUUGGGGUGGAACGAGAUUUUGACAGUUCUGCGCAACCCAAUUCUUUUUGUACUCUUGGUCAUCAUUGCAGGUGGUUUGUAUGUCUCGUAUAGUCUUAACCUCCUGGGUCCUAUGAUGCAGAUGAGUUCUGCUGCUUGGAACCAGGCCUCAGAAAUUGGCAAGCAACGCCUCCGAGAGUUCGUUGAGAACAACGAGACUGCGAGGCAGGCAAUUGGUAUGCAAGGCCGGGACAGCGACUCGAUCAGCAUGGACACGUUGGACAGUCGAGGGAAGAAGAAGUCGCGUGCGACCACUGAUGAUGACGACGAUUUGUAGUGUGUUCGAUUUUCCAAUUAUUGAUAGAAGGCUAGGUGGGCCAGGAUAUAGUAAAUAUACAUCUCUCGUCAUGGACAUAUCUUUAAAUCCAAACGAACCAAUCCUUUUUUUUUUUUCGUCUGAUACGCGUACCCCCGGAACGCCGUGAUCCCAUGCCCAAUUAUGCGAUAACG